GAUGACAUUGAAACCAUUGAUUCUCCAUUGCGAAUCCUUGGUUAUGCUGGUCGCUUGAGAAAUUUUGUGACUGCCGGCUCUCGCUACUUGGCAUAUACCUCUGAUAUGGGCGAAGCUUUUCGACCUGUAGUUCCUAGAAGUGUAGUCAAUGCUGCAUACGGAGUUUCAUUUGCAUAUGUGGGAAUCGAUGUAGCUUAUGAAGGAUACAAGUCGUCUCUUCGUGGCGAUUCGCCAAUGGAAGUUACCCGAACCGUAGUUGAGCGCACUAUUUUUCAAGGUCUUGCUUCGUUGCUCCUUCCUGCCAUCACUAUCCACUCCGUUGUGGAUCUAACCACCAAAGCACUUAAAAAUACUUCAAUCAAUGCAUUGAAACGAUGGGGGCCAACCGCCGCCGGGUUAGCUGUGCUGCCUGUUCUUCCGAUUCUGCUUGAUCGCCCUGUAGAAUAUGUCAUGGAUAAAUCGUUUGAUUCUCUU